CAUCUCUGCUCAGACUCGAAACAACAGGAAGACAAAACCGGAAAUGGUAUUAGAUUAAAGAAAAUGAAAGUGUGUGAACACACUGUGAAUUCUUUUUCAAUUGAAUUUCAAAAGAAAGUAUAUAAUGUGGCAGUAUUUAAAAAGUAUAAUGUGAGAAAGGGGAAUAGAACCUGUGAAAAAUAAACUACGGGAUGUAUCUGGCAGAACAGAUGAGAAACAACUGAUUGAUCAAUAUCACGCAACCGUUGCAAAAUGUAUGUAAUAGCAAGGAUACUAACAACCAUCGCUUUGUUUCACCUGGGAUUGUGCAUGGACUUACCUGCCCCUGUACAUCUGGUCCUGUCUUCACGAUAUUUUGUCCACUUGUUGUCCUGGAAAAUGGGGCCAGGCUCUCCUGAUGGUGUCCACUAUACAGUCAGCGUGCUUGCACUCAACGGGGGGGACGUGGUGGUGAAGGAGUGUGAAAAGGUCACGUUUCCUCUGCAGUGUAAUCUCACAGAAGCCUUUUCUAAUGUGGACGACACCUAUUACGUCAGUGUGUCUGCUGCUCUGGGCAACCGCACCUCACCAACUUCCUCCUGCGACCCAUUCAAACCCACUCUUAACACGACCAUUGAGCCUCCGCUGCUGACAGUAACUGCAUAUAAUCAGGCGCUCUGUAUAAGUCUCAGAGCACCUGCUGAGAAUCUCCACAGUGUCUACGAUUCAGACAGGUUUCAAUAUAGAUUGACGGUCAGCAGUGAAGAUGGAACAGAGUUUCAUAGGAUUACAGGAAGGUUACAGAAUGUGACCAUAGAGGACCUGGCCCCUGGCCGAAGAUACUGUGUGAAUGUCAGUGUCAUUGAUCACAGCCCACCCAACAGACCAGCAGUAUGCGCCUCCAUCCCCAAAAGAGCAAAUGUUAAAGAUGCCAUAAUCUCUGUUUUCCUGUGUCUGCUGAUGUUGCUGUUAGUGAUGUGUACACCAAGAUUUUUUCCUCGCUGUUUCUGUCUAAAAAGAGAUCUUCCUCCAGUUCUGAGUUCGUUUCAGAGUGGGAAUAAAGUUCUUCUUGUCACUGAUGGUGAAUCGAUUACCAAGCUCUGUGAGGGGAGAAACUCCAUCAACAAGAUAAAGACAAACAGAGAGGAAGAUGACAUGGAAGAAGAAGAAGAGGAAGUUUUGAAAUAUGAGAGACUAGUGGCACAGUAUCUGAGCACUCGAGGUUCCCCACUCUCUGUUUUUCCAGUGUCACCUAGCUCUGUUUUGCCUAUGAAUCAAACUCCAGAUACAAGCCUCGCGUCUUCCACAGAUGCUCAGAGUGGUAGUCUGAUAGUGUUUGAAGGCAACCAUAUCCAUACUGAACCAACAGCCUCUCCUAGGCUCGCUAAAGGAACGAGUGCACUUCAGAAUUUAAUUUCUAUUUUACCCACACAAGUGGAGAAUGAAGACGGAGACAGCAGUACAGAUGUAAACCUGUUUUCUGUGAUGUUAGGAGGAGCUUCUGAUAAAGCUGAACCUGAUAAAAUCUGCAAUACUGAAGAUGUGCAGGAAUCAUGUCCUCAGCACCUGGUACAAACCUGUGCUACAUCUACCUGGAUUUCAGAUUCACAGUCCCAAAACUCUGAGUCCAUUCAGAUGAACAUUUUAGAGGAAAAAGAAGAAGAAGAAGAUGAUGAUGAUGAUUCAGGGUACUUAAGUCGAAAUUAGAUUCCUCAGGAAACGAACAGUCUGAGAGUAGAUAUGGGAAUCUAAAACCACACACAAGCAUUCUGAAAUACUGGUUAUAUAAAGAGAUGUAUACUGUAUUUUUAUACGUUAUUGAUUUUUUGUAUUUUAAGUGUUUUUAUUAUUUUUAUUAUUAUUAUCUUUCAAUAUGCAUUUCAGUCUGAUGAGAUCAUGGCAUACCAACAUGUAUUACUCUUAUUUUUCUGGAUGAGGAACAAGUGUUUAUUGAAGACAUGUUGACCCGCCACCAAGUUUUCUUAGGGGAAACACUUUGCUCUUAGGUAUUUCCAAGUGAAUAAAGAUGCGAAUUAGUGUAGUGAUGAAAUAUUUUUCAUUAACAGAACAUCUGAGUUGUCAUCUCAGUCCUGUGGUCAUUCUUACACAAUGUGAAUGCAAUUAAUAGGGCUUUUAUUUUGAAAUGUAGCACCACGGGCCAAGCAGGAUUUGGAAAAGGAGAUGGUGUAAUCGAAAAACUAAUGAAUAUGAGAUUUUACUACGAAGAAUAUAAAUGUAAAGUGCUGUUAUUGAAAUUCUUAAUAGUAAGAAAUAAACUGGAGAGCUCUCUUAUUCAAAUGUAAUAGCAGUACUAGUAAUAAUCAAAUUACUGAUGAGAAUUUAGCUCUCUAAUUGAUGGACACAGAGCCAGUGCCAAUAACAGCACUAUAGAGUGCAAUAUUCUCCAAAUUAAAAAGCCGUUUAUUUUCUUCAUAGGAAAAUAGAUAAAAGUGUUGGAUUAACUUCCUAUUUUCACUCAACACAAACUGGUAAAAAAAAAAAAAUGUAUAGCCUGAAUGCAAUUGCCACUGAAAGAAAUCGGCAUCUAGAAUGUUGUUACAGCAUCUUGAUCGUCUUGACUAAUAUUUGACUUCAAACUGAUAUCAAGGUGCCCGCUGGGAUAUUGUUUCUGGAGCCUAUUUACAAUCAACAACUUUAAAUGGAUCAUUUUUUAUUUGUCAUUUGCAACGGUUCAUGGGAUUGAAGUUCUUCCCCUCAUUAAAGCAUUAAGUACACAGUCUUGUA